AUGACGUUCUCAUUCGGCAUUGACCACCUCGAGCCCGCCUUUGACGACCGUGCCGUCCCAUACAUCACCUGGGGCCUCCGCUUCGACGAAGCCUGUGCUUAUCAUCUCGAGAACACCCUCAGAGCCAGCCGCCCCUACAUAAUUGCCUCUAACUCGCUGUCGAAAAAUACGAAUGCGCUCAAACGGCUUCAAGACGCCCUGGGCGACAAAGUCGUGGGGGUUAGGAUCGGCAUGACCCCUCACACGCAUUGGAAUGAAGUCCUUGAGAUCGCGGUUGACGCGGGGAAAAAGAGCCCUGACUCUAUCAUUACUCUAGGCGCAGGAUCGCUUACUGAUGCAGCGAAGGUGAUCGCCUGGAUGCUGGCUAAUGACAUCACCACGUCCGAAGAGAUGGAGAAAUUACUGGCCGAAGGGAAGAAGACGUUCAAGGACCCUGCGAUCCGUCACAUCGCUAUUCCAACCAGUUUAUCCGGUGGGGAGUAUCAGUCGAUCGCGGGCGUGACGAGGGACGACGGUAGUAACCAGAAAUGUCUCUUUGAGCCCCCAACCAGGAACCCAAGCCUGGUGGUGCUUGAUCCAGAGCUCACGACUACCACCCCGGAACGGAUUUGGUUGAGCACAGGGGUUAGAGCAGUGGACCACUGUGUUGAAACGCUAUGCAGCCUGCUGUCGAACGAAAAAGGUGACAGCGAGGCCGAAACGGGCUUGCUGAAAUUGGUACCGGCCUUGAUCCGAACGCACAAGGACCCAGACGAUCUGGAUGCCAGGUUCGAGGCAAUGCGAGGUGUAAUUCAAGCCAUGAGUGCCGUGGGGAGCGGUGUGCCUUUGGGAGCAAGCCAUGCAAUUGGCCAUCAGUUGGGACCCUUGGGCGUGGGCCACGGGGAAACUAGCUGUAUCAUGUUGCCUGCGGUCUGCAAAUGGAACGAGAAAGUUGGCGCCAAUGUUGAAAGACAGGCUUAUUGCAAACAGGUAUUGCUCCGCUCGCCUGUUGUGAAGGCCUUAUUGGAAGCGAAGCAUGGUUCCGGGGAGGAGAGCCUCGAGAAGCUCGACCUGGGGGAUGUUCUGGACGUGAUAUUCAGAGACCUGGGGAUGCCGCGAACGUUGAAGGCGGUCGGUGUCGGGAGGGACAAGCUGGAUGGGUUGGCACAGAAUAGUCUCAAAGAUCACUGGAUUCAGACGAACGCGAAGCCCAUCACGGAGAAAGAGCAGGUCAUGGAGAUUCUGGAGAUGGUUGUCGCGUGA